AAUGCACUCUCCUCCUUCUCCAUUAGCCAACUAUCAACGACUUCCCUCUUCGAGAAAAUGAAUCGGAACCUAAGAAACGCCAUUGUUGCAUUCCUUGCUCCACUUCCUUCUAUUGUCUUCUACCUUUUCUUUCUCCGUAAUUACUCUUCAACCUCCGACUCCGAGCUCUCCUACAUUCAUUCAUGGUGUUUGAGUCACCCGCUUCUACUUGCAAACCUUCUCUUCUUCUUUAACGUCAAUGUGCUCUUCUGGGUCAUCGGUUUACUCCAAUCCAGCCACUGGAUGAUCGAUGUGUAUUGGACUGUGAUACCCGUAAUGCUGGUUCACUACUUCGCAUUGCAUCCAUCGGGACAUUACAAUAAGUGGAGAUCCAUGAUUGUCAUCACUCUGACAUGGAUUUGGAGUAUCAGGUUGACUCAUAACUACUUCCGGCGGGAAAACUGGGAAUGGGGAGCCAGAGAAGACUGGAGGUUCAAUGACUUGAGGAAACAGUACGGGAAACACUGGUGGUGGCUCUCCUUCUUCUCCGUCUACGUCUCGCAGCAGAUCUUUCUCAUAGGGAUAUGUCUGCCUUUAUAUAUCAUCCAUUCCAUUGAUGCGCCACUAAACAUCUGGGACUUGGUUUCCUCGGCUAUAUGUCUGACGGGCAUUGUCAUGGCCUACUACGCAGACACACAACUCCACGAGUUUGUGACUGGAAACCAAAAACUCAAGGAGCAAGGGAAGCCCAAAAUCCCCAAUCUCGACACGGGUCUGUGGCAUUACUCUAGACAUCCUAAUUACUUGGGAGAACAGUUGUGGUGGUGGGGACUUGUCAUAUUCGCUUGGAACCUUGGUCAAGGAUGGACUUUGAUUGGUUCAUUGGUCAAUACUCUAUGUCUGGUCUAUGUAACCAUUCUUGUUGAACGUCGGAUGGUGAAACAAGAAUACAGAGCUGAAGCUUACAGAGCGUAUCAAAAGACAACCUCGGUUUGGAUUCCAUGGUUCAAAUCUCAUCCUGCUGUUGCUAAGGACAAGAACACCUGAAGACGCUGUAUAUUAGUUUGUUUUUAAUAAGGUCUCUAGAGAUCCUCUAAUCGUGUGUAUUAUUGGCAUUGUUUGGUUUGUUCCUGUCAUUAUUAUGUUUCCUACCUUGAGAUGCUUCGUUUUGUCUAUGAAAAAAUUUCAAAAAAUAAUUAUAUCUUUAAGUAGUUAUGUAUGCAUAAAAUAAUUAUAUCAUUAUUAUGUUUUCAUGCGAAAACAUAAAAAGGC